UAUGGAGUUGGAAAAUAAUAAGAUAGAAGAAAUUACUUAUUUGAUAAGAUAGAAAUAAAUUCAAUUAGAGUUCGAUAAUAGUGAUAAAAAUCUGUAAGUAAUUCAUUCUAAUUAAAUUAAGUCAUGAUAUUGAAUAAGGUAUAGAGGAGUAGGAUUAAAGAAUUAAGAAGUUAAUAGAAGUAAGACAUUCAAUACUAAUAAUAUUAAGGAUUUAGAUUAUGGGGAUAGAUUAGAAUGGAUUGAAUAUCACAAAUCUUAAGGAUCAUUAUAUUAUCAAAAAUAAUAAUAUAGAAAGGCUUUGAAUGAGUAUUACUUAUCAAUGUUAGCAUUGAAUAAUAGUAAAAUGUGGAGAGAAUAAGGAAUUUCUCUUAUACACAAUAUUUAACUCAUAUUAGAAUAUUUGAAGAUACCUGCUACUAAAGAGUUAUUAGAAUUUGUCUUAUAUAUUGACAUUUAUAAUAUUAAGUCAUAUUUUAAAAUGGGCAAAUUUUAUAGUGGAGAUAAAAAAUAUCAAAUUGCUUUGUAAAUAUCUGUGUUAAUACAGGUCCUAUUUUCAAUAAGGUGAAAAGUUAUGUAAUUAGAUGUAAGAUAAAGAGUCAUAAUAAGAUUUUCAAAAGCAAAUAUUGGAUUGUAAAAAACAGUUAAAUUUGGGUAGAUAAUGA